GAAAACAAACAAACAAACAAACCCCAUUUUGGAACCUCCGCUCUACUUUAGAAGAGCAAAACGACGCCGACCAUUCAUCAAUGGCACAACCUAACGAGAGGGAAGAGCAAAACGACACCGUUUCUUCAAAGAGGCAGCAAUUGAUUACUUCUACCGAAUCCCCACUUCCCUCUCUUACCUUCGAUCUCAUCGCUGAAAUUCUAUCUAGGUUACCAGUGAAGCUCCUCCUUCAACUUCAAUGUCUCGGAAAGUUCUGGAAAUCUCUAAUCUCAGAUCCCAAAUUCGCGAAGAAGCACCUUCAAUCAUGGCGCCACCACCUCAUGGUUGGUUGUGUUUGUUCGUUUCAAUAGAAGGGUUAUUCUCUAGCUGGCUGAAUUGCUUAGGUUCAUUUGUGGGUCUGGAGCGUUGCUGAAUAUGGCGGUGAAAAAGGGUAAUAGUUUUAGGGUUGUGGAAUUCCUAAGUUCAUUUUGAUUAUUUAUUAUGGUGUAAAACUUGAUGAGGUGAAAAAACUUGUUCUGAAUAGAUAGGCUAAAUUUGUCUCUGGCUUUAUUAUUAAAUGUUGUUUGUAGGAAAAAAUACAAUCUUCAAAGUCUAAUAUGUUUGAUUUUCAUGUUUCA